AAGAAAAUUGGGUUAACUGUUUCCACUGAAUCAGGUUUAGCUUCGUUCUAAAUAUGAUAGGAGAAUUAGAUUUUAUAAUUAAAAGCAAGCAGUUAGGCAGUGCUUGUGUAGGCAGCUGAUACCGGUAUUACUGAUAACCUCUGCCGUCGGUAGAGGGAGCCUGUAUAUGCCCACUGAUGUCGGUCAUCAUACAGACUUGUGGUGAAGUGGGAGGUGGUGUCACAGCUCAUCUUCAGUGCCCUACUUGUGGCCACUUCUCCAAGAGUCAUGCCCACCAGUUGUCUCACAUGGCCAGUGCUCACCCGUCCUGCCUGGAUGAUGUGUCAGUCGGUCGUCUUGGCAAUAUCCUGAUGUUCCAGAGCACCGCUCGGCUGUUCCACUGUACCAACUGCUUCUACACCAGCAGAGACUUCACCAAGCUAUACAAGCACAUUAUUACUAAACACUGUGAAGAUGAUGAGGUUAAAGGGAGACAAAAGGAAAAGACAGAAGAACAGGGUGAGGAGGAGUUGAAGGAGAGUCUUAAAAGGAAGAGGGGUAGUGGGGCUGAUGAGGAAGAAGGGGGGAGGGGUGAUGAUGAGGUUUCUUUCCAGAAGCAAGAGUCUGUUAGAGAGCUUCUGAAGGAAGAGAUGGAGGCCACGGCCAAGGUAAUACGCUUUGUCUCCAACCGCUUCGUCUGUCUAAGCUGUGGCUGGAAAACCAAACUCAAAGGUUUUGCCAUCAGUCAUGUGAUACGCAGUCAUGACGUUGUCCGCCCGUACAACUGUAAGGACUGUACACGCUCCUUCUUCCUCCCCAGCCACCUACAACAGCACAUUAGAUCAGCUCAUCGGCCUGGACGCUACGCAUGCCCCUUCUGCUGCUUUAGGUCCCACUUCCUGACGGGGUUCAGGAGGCACUGCAGCCGCUGCAAUGCCCGGGAAGAGGAAGGGGGAAGAGGAGUAGGUGGGGGGGAGGACGAGGAGGCAGAGGAGAAUGAGGAAGAGGAGCAGGGGAAGGAGGAGAGGAAGGACACAAGAGCAGAGAGGAGACGAAAGAGGGCGACGGAAGGUGUGGAGGAGCAGAAGGAGGAUGAUGAGAGUGAUAAUCAAUGAAAGAUUGGAGAAUGAGGGAAAGUAGGUCAAAAACUGACCUGAGAUUGAAACUAGCUGAGGUCAGAGUGGAACUGUGAGUUAUCAGCCAAGCCUCAGGCACCACACAAAUGAUCUGCAGUAGAGUGUCAGCUUUCACCAAGUUCUGUUCUUUGGACCCACUGUGAUUCAGAGUAGUUCCAUGUACUGGUAUCUGUCAUUGCGCAAAUGCGCGUUUUUAAGGACUGUGUGUCAAUGUUGCUCUAUUGUUGUCUGGUUAUACUUUGUUUAGCUCAGUGAACUUUUAUGUUAAAGUUGAGAGGGACAUGUAAAUGUUUUCAUGUUUGGGCUAUUUCACUAUCCUGUGGAAGUGGAAAGGUUGAAGACAAAGGCCAGAAGUGGCCAAUGAUCUGAUCCAUCUGAAAUGCUUCAUCUUGUUGACCGAAACUCUUUGGUAUUAAGCAAAAGUUAUUCAUCUGUUCAUUUUCUUAAAGCUUCUCUCAGUCCCUAAAUAAAAAGAAGAUUGAUCUCUUGGA